AUGUCUAGUGACAGUAUAAAUCGCCCUCCAAAUCAACCUAUACUUUUAAGCUUCCCGAGCAUCGAUAAUCUUGUCCCAAAGUUAAGGCGCUACGUCCUUAAGCGCCAAAAGGAAACCUUAGAUAAGCAGGGCCGUUUCGUAGUCGCUGUAUCCGGUGGCUCUUAUCUUAGCAUGCUGUCUCGCGCUCUUCUCGAGCCUAGAAACGACGGUACCCCUAAGGACACUCCGCAGUUCGCCAAGUGGCACAUCUACUUUGCCGAUAAGCGAGUCUUGUUAGACAAGAUCCCUACAGAGCUUAGAGCUCCGAAUGUCUAUGCUAUCGAUGCCGACCUUGUCAACGAGGAAGAUAAGCUGGUCGAGCACUACGAGAAGUUCCCUAUCUUUGACCUGAUCCUCCUGGGCUGCGGCUAUAAUAGCCACACCUACGGCCUGUUCCCCGACCAUGAAGUCUUGACCGAGGAGGAUAGAUAG